AUGGCGUCCAAACCGACAGGCGGUUGGAUCUGCAACUUGUCGACUGGCAACUUGUUUGCGCUGCACGAGAAGCCGGGCGCCGAGGAGCGUGAGAUCUUUUCGAUCAUGGAGUGCUGCUACGAGAAUGGGCGCAGCUACGAGCAGUUCACGCCGGCAGACGCGCCCGCCAUCGAGUUCGACUAUUCGUUUGCGCUGCACCGCCGGCAGCUCGAUGAUGUGCUGAAAGAUGGGAAAACGGUGACGCUGAACCCGAUGUACCUCUACCACGAGCACGUGUGGUGGUGCUACGGAUGCAAGGUGUCGAUGGCCGACGAUGGGAUGGUCCGCAUGGAUCUGUUCAGCAUUGGAGCCAAAGCUUUCCCACGCGCCGUGCAACCCGGCGAGAUGACGCUCAACGCGCCCGGCAAGCAAAAAGCCCCGCCGACCGUCAGCCGGAAAAUCAGCAUCGCGCACCAGGAGCAUGAUGAGGGUAUCGUGCUCAGCUCCGAGGAUCUGCAGACGAUUUUCGGCGACUUGAAGGUGUUGCGCAUUGGCUGCAAGAUUGUCGUGCCGCGCAGCUACUUUGACGCAAAGGCGCUCCUACACGCUCCCUUGGUGCAGCCUCUCCCCUCGGCCGACUGGUUGCCGGCGAUGCUGAAGGGCGAACGAGUGGCUGGGAGUGAUGUGGUGUUGACGUGCGGCGAGGGCCGGCGCAGUGACUACCACGUCCACCGGGCCGUCCUCGAGAAUUCGACCCACGUGCUGAAGACGAUCCUCGACAACAACAGUGCGUAUCCCGGGUGCCCGAUUCUCGUCCUGUCGCACGAGGCUCGCCUCAUCAUCCCCACGUUUAACGAGGAGGACAUGGCCGUGCUGCUCACCUACCUCUACAAGAAGGACGUCAUCCUGCCCAACAACACUCGCUUUGGCAUCGUGGGCCGGCUGGUGAUGUCGCUGUUUGAAACCAACGUUCUCCUGAACUUCUUGACCGGCUGGGAACGGAUUAUGGUCGAGGAUUUGCUGAGCAUGGACCCAUCCACCACCCCGGUCGACAAGUUCACCCGCUGCUUCGAGCACCUGAUCGCCAUCUUUACCGCCCCCUGUGGUGCAUUUCCGGUCGCCAAGCGCGUCGCCAUCUCCAUGGCCGGUGAUCUGUUGCACAUGGCCAGCACGACGCCCGAUCGGCCGCAUAGCCAGGGCAUCAGGGACGAGUUGACACGCUUCGCCGAGGAACAGCCGCAUCACACGUCGAAAAUCAUGCCCUGCAUGGAAAAGUUCAUGCAGUUCGUGUGGGUCGUGGAGAAGGUCGGCGUCGAGGCAUCGGAA